UAAAUGAAUUUGUUUCGCACUGCAAACGGGUUUUGGGACAGGGCAAUAUCCUACGCAUGACUGUCUUAGCCAAUUGAAACUAGCAAGACGCGCUCGAAGCACUCCACCCAAGAUCAAAUUGCUGUUCAGACCAUCCAAGCACGCAAUCCUCCUCAAGUCAGGAAAUCACCCAAAACAAUCGCUAGUAAGGAACACCACUUCCAAGGGAUCGGCAACAAUGGGCGACGCAGGCUUCCCCUUCAUCACACCCCCAGGCUCAAGCUCGGGCACACUCAGCAUCCGCAAGCCAUCAAUAACAAGUCCCUCAACUUCAGACCAAAGUCGAACAAGUCAAAGAAGCGGAUCCCGCUCCCCAUUCACAAACAGAUCCGACAAAAGCCUGCGCGAUCUAGCCGGGCACUGGAUGCUCAACCCUUCCCUAUCAUCAACAAACACCACAUUCAAUGAUGUCACUCAUUCGCCCCCUUCCAAUAUAACAAUCACCCAAUCCCACUACCCAUCCCAAAUCUUUGUGAAAUUCUUCCCAUCGCCAGAGAGCCGUUUUCAAAGCACGGAACGUUGGUUCCCGCCUCAAAAACCCGGACAAUGGAGUGAUUGGAACACGGAUUUUGAGGGCACGAGGUCGAGGUCUCGGUGGGUGAGGGGUGAUCAGUUUGAGCAGAAGGAUGGGAUUGAGUUUUUGACGCAUGGACUUUCGAGGUUGGGGGAGUUUUUUGAGGCGGAGAUUGAGGGGAGAGGUGGGAAAUGGAGGAUGGGACAGGUUUGGUUUGUGCAGAGGGGGAGUCAGUUGGUGAGGAGGUUUGUGAGGUUUGAUGAAGGGGAAGAGGAGGACGAGGAGGAGAGGAGUGAGAGGGAGGAUGUUUGGGAGUUUGUGCGGACGUGAUGAUGAUGGAUACAGUAAGAACUGUUAGUAAG